GUCCCAGUUCCAGAAUAGACUUGCGGCUUACCUGGAUGCCCCUUCUCAGGCUUUCAUCCUCUAAAAGCCUCACGUAUCUGUACAGCACCCGAGACAGACGCAAGGUUGGGAAAGAGCAAAUUCAGGUAGCACGGGCAGACAUUUUCCAGCCGGCAGCGAAUCCGACCCAGCAGCUGUUCUGAGAAGGCCAAAUCUGGCGCGUGACUUAGCCUCCUCUCUAAACCCACAGGGCCAUAGCAUUAUCCUGUGACGAUGGAUGACUACGAUGAAUUUGGCAACUACAUCGGCGCGCUGUCCGACUCGGACGAGUCCGAAGAUGAUUUUCAACAGCCGCAACGCCAGCAGCAUGUCUCGCCACGUAUCCAUGACGAGCUUCCUCCCUUGGAAGGGUAUGGCGAUGCAGGGGCGGAGGAGGGAGACCACGAGAUGGAUACCGCCGGUCCGUCGAUGGCACUGAUGCAGGUGAAUGAAGCAGCAUCUAAUGCCGUCAUUCUGCACGAGGACAAGAAGUACUACCCAGAUGCAUCAGAAGUCUACGGCGAAGGCGUGGAGACGCUCGUACAAGAGGAAGAUGCACAGCCCAUCACGCAGCCAAUCAUCGAGCCGAUCAAAGUACGCAAGUUCGCCAUCGAGGAGUCCGACCUGCCUCCAACUCGCUUCGAGCGCAGUUUUAUGAUGAACCUUAUGAACUUCCCCGAGAUGGUACGCAACGUCGCGGUUGUCGGUCAUCUGCAUCAUGGGAAGACGAGUUUGAUGGAUAUGCUCGUAUACGAGACGCACAAGAUGGAGAUGGACACAGACAGGCCGAUGCGCUAUACCGACUCGCAUCUGCUGGAGCGCGACCGCGGGGUGUCAAUCAAGUCGGCGCCGCUGAGUUUGGUGCUACAGAGCACAAGAGGGAAAAGCUACCUGUGCAACCUUAUCGACACACCGGGGCAUACAAACUUUGUGGACGAAGUUGCGGCAGGGUGUAGACUUGUUGACGGUGUCGUGCUGGUCGUCGACGUGGUCGAGGGUGUCAUGUGCAACACGGAAGCCAUCAUCAAGCACUGCAUCCGCGAGGACCUUCCAAUGGUCCUGGUCCUCAAUAAGCUUGAUCGGCUGAUUCUGGAACUACGCCUCCCCCCGACCGAUGCGUACUUUAAGAUUCGCCACACACUCGAAGAGGUAAACAAUGCCAUCGCAUCCGUCUCUCGCAAUCCGGAUAGGCGACUAUCACCCGAGCGCGGCAACGUCGUGUUCGCGUGUGCGCAAAUGGGCUGGGCUUUUACGCUUGGAAGUUUUGCAAAGAUGUACGCAGAUACUUCUUCAGCAGCAGCAGCGGCGCGGCGCGACGCAGAAACAGGAGCGGGAGGAGGUGGACUAAAUGUCGAUGCCUUCGCAAAGAGACUAUGGGGCAAUAUCUGGUACAAUGCUGAGUCGCGCAACUUCACGCGAAAGCCCGCGGAUCCGUCCGCUCCCCGCAGCUUUGUCCACUUCAUCCUUGAGCCCUUGUACAAGCUCUACACGCAGGUUCUCUCCUCCGACUCGACUGCUCUGCAGAAGACACUCGCCAAAUUGGACAUACACCUCAAGCCAGCGGUAUUCAAAGUCGACGUACGGCCGCUCUUGCGCAUCGUACUGAACCACUUCCUUGGGCCCAGCACAGGCCUUGUGGACGCCAUAAGUGGGCACCUGCCGGACGCCAAGGAAGGCGCACAGCGGAAGCUCUCCCGGUACUAUACUGGUCCGCAAGCCGGGCCUUUGUUUGACGCGAUGAAAGCGGUGGAUCCGGAUGCGCCGCUUGUCGUGUAUGUCAGCAAGCUUUACGCGACUCAGGAUGCGAGCGAGUUCCGCGCUUUCGGGCGCGUCGUGAGUGGGACUGCGCGGUCCGGCGCCCGUGUCAAGGUGUUGGGUGAAGGCUACUCUGUCGACGACGAGGAGGAUAUGGUCCAAGCAACCAUUGAGGGCGUCAGCGUCAGCGAGACGCGCUAUACCGUCCCAGCCGAGGGCAUUCCGGCCGGUAACCUAGUACUCCUCGCCGGCGUCGAUGCAUCAAUCAGCAAGAGCGCCACGAUUGUCGAUGCCGCACUCGAGGCGGACCAGCUUCACAUCUUCCGACCGAUCGCGCACAUGACGCAGAGUGUGCUCAAGAUCGCUGUCGAGCCGCUGCACCCGUCCGAGCUGCCGAAGAUGCUUGACGGCCUGCGUAAGGUGAACAAGAGCUAUCCGCUUGCCGUCACCAAGGUCGAGGAGAGCGGCGAGCAUAUCAUUUUGGGUACUGGAGAGCUAUACUUGGAUUGCAUCAUGCAUGAUCUCCGAAAGCUGUUCAGUGAGGUGGAGAUCAAAGUCAGCGACCCAACUGUUAAGUUUAGUGAGACGGUCGUUGAGACGAGCGCGGUCAAAUGCUAUGCGCAAACGCCCAACAAAAGGAACAAGCUCACGAUUAUCGCCGAACCGCUUGAAAAGGGUAUUGCAGAGGACAUCGAGUCUGGUAAAGUGAGCAUCCGGCUUCCACCUAAGGAGCUCGGGCGGUACUUUGUCGAGAACCACGACUGGGACAUUCUCGCAUCGCGAUCGAUCUGGGCCUUUGGGCCGGAAGACAACGGCCCAAAUAUUCUUUUGGACGACACGCUUCCUUCCGAGGUGGACAAGACCCUGCUGUACAGCGUCAAAGAGAGCAUCAAGCAGGGCUUCCAGUGGGGAGCGCGCGAAGGCCCACUGUGCGAUGAGCCGAUCCGCAACGUUAAGUUUCGCAUCCUCGAUUCGGAAAUCGCGCAGGAACCCAUCUAUCGGGGCGCGGGCCAGGUCAUCCCGACGUCUCGACGCGUCUGCUAUUCGAGCUUCCUGCUCGCCACGCCCAGGCUGAUGGAGCCGAUGUACGCUGUCGAAGUGCAGGCGCCGCAGGAGUGCGUCGCGGCGGUGUACACGACGCUCGCGCGGCGCCGUGGCCACGUCGUGCGCGAUAUCCCAAAGGCAGGCUCGCCAUUGUACACCGUUAAGGCGUACGUGCCGGUCAUGGAUGCGAACGGGUUCGAGACGGACUUGAGGACCGUGACUCAAGGGCAGGCGUUCUGCCUGCAGACGUUCGAUCACUGGUCCGUCGUACCCGGCGAUCCGCUCGAUGCUUCCAUUAAGCUCCGGCCGCUGGAGCCUGCACCACCGCUGGGACUCGCGAGGGACUUUGUGCUCAAGACGAGACGACGAAAGGGCCUCAGCGAUCAGAUUGCCGUCGCGUCGUACCUCGACCCGGAGAUGGUGGUUGCGCUGGCUGCAAGCGGGUACGAACUCUGAUUGUGAUAUUUGUAGUUAGAAGAGCAGGAGAAAAAGCAAAGCAGAGAU